CGGUACGCGGUAUCGACGUAAUCGAGAUUGCGAUCAUAAUUGCCAGUGUUCGUCGCAUGCUACGAUCCGUUAUAAGAAUAUGUUGCUGCGUUGUGUUUGCACAUGGGCCACGUGAUGGAAGACAUCGUUCACAUUUUAUGUCUCUAACCUAAAAGCACGAAGCUUUCAAAUCCGAGAAUGUAGAUAUUAAUUUCGAAGAGACAAUGUCGUAUCAAAAUUCAGCAUUUUCAACGAUGUACGCCCAAGAAGACUUUGACAUUGACGAAGAUAAUGAAGAAUACGUCGAGGAAGAUCGCGAUGCGGAGGAGCAGGACGACAGCGACGAAGAUACGGAAGAAGCUAGCGAGACCGACAUGGGAAAAUCUGAAGAAUACACGGAGAUAAAGGAACAGGUAUAUCAAGAUAAAUUAGCCAAUUUAAAGAAGCAGUUGCAACAACUGAAGGAUGGCACUCAUCCCGAGUAUAAUCGCAAACUGAAACGAUUGGAAGCGCAAUACAAAGAGAGGUUGCGUCUGAAUAUAAUCUAUAGAGAUUAUUUAACGGAAUGGGUCGAAAGAGAUUACAUACUCGAGAAGAAAGCAGCUGCCAAAGAAUUCGAGGAAAAGAAAAUAGAUUUGAAAGAAAACUUAUUAACGGAUAUGGAAGAAAAAAGAAAAAUGAUAGAAUCCGAUCGUCAUACGAUGGAACUUACAGGGGAUUCGAUGGAGGUAAAGCCGGUAAUGACGAGAAAAUUACGUAGACGACCGAACGAUCCAGUACCCGAAAAAGUUGAGAAACGUAGAAAACCGCCUCCGGCACAAUUGAACUAUCUAUUGGAUGAAAAAGAAAUAGAAAGCGAUUUGAAAGCUAUUAGUCGGGGUAAAAUCUUAACGACGAUAAGGAAACCAGUACUUCCGCAUUACAAUACAGUAAAUAUACAAUCUCAGCAUAUCUCGCCGUCUACCGACACGUCUCUAGUCGAAACAAGGAUAGAAGGUGGAAAACUCCUAUAUGAAAGAAGAUGGUUCCAUCGUGGGCAACCGGUGUACGUGGAAGGACAAGACUUGACAAGAUUUGCGGCGAACAUAUCGGCAAUUGGAACGGAAGCUAUAUGGGUGAAAAAGAUCUCGGAUGGAAGCAAAGUUAGGAUUUACAUAUCGCAACUGAGUCGUGGCAAGAUUUCUGUAAAACGACGAGCAUCGUAAUUCUCCAAUUACUAAUGGCAUUUACAUACAUCAUUCUAUAAUUUUAAUUGUCAAAUAACGAUCAAACUUGUGAUAUAUUAGACUUAUAGUUUAUUGAAGUUCUAUUCUGCAAAGGCAAUGUAAUUUUCACUGCGCUUGUUUUCUGCCACCAAUAGAACCAAAUUUUUUGAUGAUUUUGAACUGCCAUGUAUAUCCAUAGAAAAUAUGAGAAAAUUAGUAAUGCCAUCAUUACUAGCAAAGAAUAAGUAGUCCAUCGUGCUGGGGGAAAAUUAUUAUAAUUAUUCAUUGCAUAAAAAUCAGCACCAACCACACAAAUGUAUGAACAUAUUAUAGUCACUGGCGUGACAAUGAUACAGCGAAGUAAAUCUGUUCUCAAAUUGCGCAUGUAUAA